GUCUGGUUGGCCUCUUAAAAGUUGAAGCUUUCUCUUCAGUCUUCUCUGAUACCUGACAUUGGCUCUCGAUCAUGAAGAACAAAUCAAGCUCAGCUGCGCCACCAAGAGAUUCAAAACCCACAUGGGUUCUUCCAUACCAGACUCAAAACCUCGCAGACCUCUACAGAAUCGGUCACAAGCUCGGGCAGGGACAGUUCGGCACGACAUACCUCUGCACAGACAACUCCACAGCCGAAAACUACGCGUGCAAGUCAAUCCCGAAGCGCAAGCUCUUGUACACAGAGGACUACGACGACGUUCUGAGGGAGAUUCAGAUAAUGCGGCGCUUGUCCGAGCAGCCGCACGUGGUGAAGAUCCGAGGCGCGUACGAGGACGCGGCGGCUGUGCACUUGGUGAUGGAGCUGUGUGAAGGCGGGGAGCUGUUGCGUAGGAUAGUAAGGAAGGGGAAUUACAGUGAGAGAGAGGCUGCCAAGUUGAUGAAGACGGUUGUUGAGGUUGUGGACGCCUGUCAUUCGCAUGGAGUCAUGCAUAGAGAUCUCAAGCCUGAGAACUUCUUGUUUGAUCGUGACGACGAAGCUGCCGCUCUCAAAGCCACUGAUUUUGGGCUCUCCGUAUUCUAUAAACCAGGUCAAAUAUUCUCUGAAGUUGUUGGGAGUCCAUGCUAUGUUGCACCAGAAGUGUUGCGCAAGUGUUAUGGACCUGAAAUAGAUGUAUGGAGCGCGGGAGUUAUAUUAUACAUAUUGUUAAGUGGGACGCCACCUUUCUGGGCCGAAUCUGAAAGGGGGAUCUUUCAAGAGAUUUUACAAGGAAAACUAGACCUUCAAUCUGAACCAUGGCCCAGCAUUUCAGACAGUGCCAAGAAUCUCAUACGGAAAAUGCUUGAUAGGGAUCCAAAGACAAGGCUAACAGCUCCUGAUCUCCUUUGCCACCCGUGGAUUGUAGACGACAUUGCUCCAGAUAUACCUCUUGAUUCUGCAGUGUUAACACGCCUGGAACAAUUCUCUGCAAUGAACAAGCUUAAGAAGAUGGCUUUGCGCGUUAUAGCUGAGAGGCUUUCUGCAGAAGAAAUAGGUGAUUUGAAAGAUUGGUUCAAAAGGAUGGACACAGACAACAGUGGAACAAUAACAUUGGAUGAACUUAAAGGCGGCUUACAGCAAGUUAGCUCUGAACUUAUGGAAUCUGAGAUCAAGGAUCUUAUGGCUGCAGCAGAUUUUGAUAACAGUGGAACCAUAGACUAUGGUGAAUUCGUUGCUGCUACUCUACACUUGAAUAAGUUGGAGAGAGAGAACUUAUUGUCAGCUUUCUAUUUUUUUGACAAGGACAGUAGUGGUUACAUAACCAUUGAUGAGCUUCAACAAGCCUGCAAAGAGUUUGGUUUAAGUGAAGGCCAUCUUGAUGAAAUGAUCAAAGAAAUUGAUCAAGAUAAUGAUGGACGAAUUGAUUACGAGGAAUUUGCUGCAAUGAUGAGGAAGGGCAAUGGAGGAAUGGGGAGGAGAACCAUGAGAAGCAAGAUAAACUUGGAAGAUGCUCUGAAACUGGAGAACAAUGGGUCUCAUGAACUGAUUGAUUGUACACCGUAGGUAAUCAUUUGGUGAAUCUUUUUGGAACGUUCUUAUGGAAAGAAACCACUGUUUAAAUAUUAAUCUUCACAAGUAGUU